GGUGCCAAUAAAUGGCUUUUCGGACCUGAGGUCGCGUAUGCUCCAUCAAGAAUAUCAAACAGGUCUACAUCAAGCCUUCCUGGAUAAAGUAAAUAAGGAUAUAGCGGAUCUUAAAACAAAACAUUCCUCUUCGAUAGCACAAAUCACCGAGUUGAAGCAGAAGUUCCUGGAGAUGCAGCAUCGUAUUCUGAGGGUAUUGGUCAAACAAGAAAGUACAAGAAAACUAGGAAUAGCCAUACAACCUGAAGAAGAAUUGUUACGAGGAAGAUUCGAGAUGAUGCAUACCCAGCUUAACAACCCCAAGCAAUUUAAGGUGAGUAUGAUUUCCAUGUUGGAUUUGUAG